UUACAAGUGGGAAGUGUUAAGUGUGCUAAAGUGUGCCCUGGUAUAUAUCAAAGAAAAUGGAUUAUUUAGUGAAAAUGUACGAUGAAUACAGUUAUGUGGAUAAGCUAGCAGAUAGCAGGACUAAAGGAUGGGCAUUUGUGGAUUCAAUAUAUACUGUGAUAGCAGCAGUUGCCAUUUACAAUUGGGCUGUCCGACGAGGCAUUGAAUACAUGAAAAAUCGACCAGCGUACAAUUUGAAAGGACUCAUUCUCAUCUACAAUCUCCUUGUGGCCCUUGUCAAUGCCUACAUUUUACUGGAAACUGUCAUUUGUACAACAGCCCUCAAUUACGGAUUGUUCUGCAAUGAGAAUGCCAAGAACAAUAGGGAUCCCUUGGAGAUGCGGUUGGCCAAUAUCUCAUGGUUGUUCUAUAUUGCAAAAUAUAUUGAGCUUUUUGAUACGGUAUUCUUCGUGCUGAGAAAGAAGGAGCAAAACUUGAGCUUUCUACAUAUCUACCAUCACAGUAGUAUAGUAUUCUUCAUUUGGAUCCGUGUCAAAUGGUUCCCGACUGGAAACAGUUUCCUAACCAUCAUCAUAAAUUCUGGAGUUCAUGUUGUUAUGUAUCUCUACUAUGGACUAACUCUACUUGGUCCCAAGGUGGCAAAAUAUCUUUGGUGGAAGAAAUACUUAACGAUACUGCAAUUAGCACAAUUCCUUUUCGGCGUCUACGUUCAUUUUGUCUCAAUGAAGAUGAACUGUACCUUCUACCCAAAAUGGUACAGCAUCACAGAAAUCAUCUAUGUCGUCAUAUUUAUCUUCCUCUUCACGCAUUUCUACAUGAAAGCAUAUUCAACUGGGACAAAGCACAAGAAGAUCUCGUAAAGGGUACCACCACCAAAGAAAAAUAUAUAUAAGUGUAAUUAGUGAAUAAAAAAAUGACUCCCAAAUGGAAGUUUAAUGACACC